CAAGAUCACACAUGACUAUUUUUAGGCUUACACAUUGAGAGAAUGUGAUGAAUCCAAUGUUUAUGAACAUUCCAAAAGUAUAUGCCUCGCGCAAGUCACACAGCGGCUCAGUUCCGUUCUUUUUCACCUCCGCGACAGCGCAGCUCAGCCAUGGCCGGGAUUGUGAAGCCGCCGGGCGCUUUCACGGUGACACCUCACAAGGUCUCCGUUUGUAUCCUGGUUAGCUUCUACGCUCCGCCGGAACAAGACACUAUUCCUUUCCCUUUCACCUCCGUCUCUCAGCACAACGGCCUCGCUCUGUACCUAAUCGCUCUAAUCAAGUCAUGCGAGGACAUUUUUGAGCCGAAGCUAGAUGAGUUGAUUGAGCAGUUGACGGAAAUCUCAGGAACAUUGCAUGAAUGGUUGAGUGAGAACUUGAAACAGAGGUUAUCAUCUAUAGAUUCCCCGGAUGAUUUGUUUAACUUCUUUAACGAGUUGCAAGACAUGCUAGGGGGCUCUGAUUCUACUGAAAUAGAUGAUGAUCAAAUCAGUCUGGAUCCUAGUAGCAACAUUGGAAUGUUUGUUCGUCGAUGCUUGCUUGCUUUCAAUAAUUUGUCAUUUGAGGCUGUCUGUCACCUUGUGUCAAAGAUAAAGAUGUACGUCAAGGAGUCACUCUCAACAAGUCCCCCAUAUGAUUUUCUGAAUUUCGAUGACACCGACUGCAGUCCAGAAGAACAAAUGGCGUAUGAGAAGAUGGAACUGGAGAGCAUUGACAUUGUUUAUGAAAAUGUCAACGAGAAAAUUGAAGUGGAAAGAGUUGUUAACGAACUAGUUCCAUUUCAUAACCAUGCCCCUAAAUUAAUUGUUGGGUUAGUUGAAGGGACUACACAAUUUGAAUUGCAUCUUGUCUGGCAUCUUCACCUUUUAGUCUGUACAAUAGCUUCCUAAUUGUUGGUUCAUGCAUUUAAAAUAAUUUGGACGAUUGUAUAUUUUAAAUUUCACAUGCAGACACACAAACAAAUAUAUAAGGAUAGAGAGAGAGUGUCUGUGGAAGGUCAAGGUCUGGAGGGCAAAGAUUAUAGUUCUAGGGCAGUUUUAUUUGGGGUUUGCAUGGUUGUUUUACAUUUACUAGCUCUCUUUUUUUUCUUUCGUUGUUUGUUUCAACCUGUCUUUAUAUUGUUUGGAAUAAACUCUCUACCUUUGUAGGUGGGGGUAAAAUCUGUGUACAUCCACCCUCUCCAGAUCCCACUCGUCGGAUGCUACAGGAUCGUUAUAAC